UCCCGAUGCCCGAGCUAUCGUUUGCUUCACACUGACAUCAUAGCGGAUUACAAUGUCAAAUAUUUUGGAAGCAGCACUAGCCUCCGGUUUUACACCCCGCGAGAGAGAUUCGUCGUUUAUAUUCCAGUCAUUUGAAAUAUAAAGUUGCAAUAUUUUUCGCAUGAAACAUUUUUGGGGGAUGGAAUGAUGCAUUCAAGUUAAGGUUCCACAAGGUUUGCAUACUGAACCCGAGCCUGACCCCUGUGUCCCCUGUCUACAGGUCUAUGUAACAGAGAGUGGGUCAGGUCAGGGAUGCUGCAGCAUUGGAGGGAAUCUGACUCUCAUGGCCUGUUUUCAUCUGGAGAGACCUCCGACAAUGACUGUGAGAUGGGGGCAAGUUGUGGAGAAGUUGGCGUAGUGUGUUUGUGUGAGACUGGACCCUGCAUACUAUACUCUGAAGCACACACACAGACACCGGACACACUGAAAUGUGAACACUGUGGGAAAAACAGGGUAGUGAUAACCAGGUACUCAGAGGGAUAUGGCACAGAGGAAGAGUGUGCCCUGUCCGAUCCUCAGGGGGACAGCGAUGCAGACGCUGACAUCGAGGACACAGAUUGCAGACUACAGGAGCCAGGUUCUCUCCAGCGAAUCAGUUCGCGGAGACGGAAGCGACCACGAAUAGCACGGCAGGACACCACGGAGAGUGAGGACGAUGGGGGGAGGAGUCACAGGAGUCACCGCUGGAACCUCAGACUCAGUCCCCACCGGGCUCACAACAGAACCUUACUAGAGGAGAGUGUAUCACAGGUCAGACCGUUAGUGAUCUGUCGGCCCAGUAUCAGAGGAGACGGUCAGGGGCCUCCAGUCGAAGGGCCCAGAACUGGCCCAAAAUGGCUCUGGUUCCUGUGGCCCUCGUCUCUCUCCCUGCCUGUCAUUCUCCUCCUCUCCAUCCCUCUCUCUCUCUCCUUAGUCAUCGUCAUCAUAUCUUUCCUGAUGCCUCGGGCCAGUACUUGACCUCACUUCUCUGUUUUAUUUAAUUAAUUGUAAUAUUUUUCAUGGAGUAAUAUAAUUAUGCUUUAAUCACCUCGCGUCACCACAUCAUGUUGUUAAUUCAUGUGUGUAUACUGUAAACAAAUCAUAUUAGACCAUAAGCCAUAGCAGCAUCAGACCAUAAGUCAUAGCAGCAUCAGACCAUAAGUCAUAGCAGCAUCAGACCAUAAGCCAUAGCAGCAUCAGACCAUAAGUCAUAGCAGCAUCAGACCAUAAGUCAUAGCAGCAUCAGACCAUAAGUCAUAGCAGCAUCAGACCAUAAGUCAUAGCAGCAUCAGACCAUAAGUCAUAGCAGCAUCAGACCAUAAACCAUAGCAGCAUCAGACCAUAAGCCAUAGCAGCAUCAGACCAU